AGUGUGUGUAAGAGAGACAAAGAGGGGAUAUGAACUGAAUGGGCACACAUGCUGGCUGAUGUAAUAAAAUAAUGCUCUGAUCACAACGGUGUGAGAAGUUACCCAAGAGAGAAGGAGAUACAAUAGUCAGUCCCACAUCAUCACAAGGUCCUUUAUGCACGUUGUUUACUGGCUGUGCCCCUGCCCUUCACCAUGACUCUCCUAACCCACGUGCUGGCAUGCCUCUUUGGCAUGGGCUCCUGGGUGGCCAUCAACGGGAUGUGGGUGGAGCUGCCCCUCAUCGUGCCAGAAAUCCCAGAGGGUUGGUACCUGCCCUCUUACCUCACUGUGCUCAUCCAGAUGGCCAAUGUGGGGCCCCUUUUUGUCACCCUCAUGCACCGCUUCCGCCCGGGCAAGCUGGACGAGCGGCCCGUCAUCUACUCCAUAGUGGUCCUGGGCGUGGUCGCCACCUUCCUCCUGGCCUUCUUCUGGAAGCACACGGUGCCCCUAGCGGGCGCUACGCAUAGUGUCCCCCUCCUAGUGCUCUGCUUCCUACUCUCUGUGGUAGACUGCACCUCCUCGGUCACCUUCCUGCCCUUCAUGAUGCGCCUCGGGCCCCAGUACCUCACUACGUACUUUGUAGGGGAGGGCGUUAGUGGCUUGGUGCCUGCCGUAGUGGCUCUGGUGCAGGGGGUGGGGGUGGUUCACUGUCGGAAUGCUACAGUGGCUAGCCUAGCCAAUGGGACCUUAGGGGCCAGUGGAGAGCUCCAGGCUCAAUACCAGCCCGCUAACUUCUCGGCCCAGGUCUUCUUCCUCUUCCUCAGUGCCAUGAUGGUGGUGUGUCUGGCCGCCUUCCUCCUGCUCAACCACCACCCGGCCGUGGCCAGGGAGAGGAAGUGCGAGCAAUACUUCAACGGAGGCCUGGCAGAGGAGAAGAGCCAAGGAGAAGACCAAGCCCUGUCCCUGUCUCACAGACCUCAAGAGGAGAAGCCCAUGAUCAGUUCUCCGGAUAGCCACGGGAGAGCCCGGCGGAGCUCCUUCGGGACGGGCUUCUACAGUGGGCCGGAGGUGGCGUUCAUCUUUGUGGUUCUGGCUUGGGUCAAUGCCCUGACCAAUGCAGUGCUGCCCUCAGUGCAGUCGUACUCCUGUUUGCCCUACGGGAACCAGGCCUACCAUCUGGCGGCCACCAUGGCAGCCGUGGCCAACCCCGUGGCCUGCUUCAUCGCCAUGUUCCUGCCCUUAAGGUCGUUGGUGCUGAUUGGGCUUCUGACAAUAGUUGGGACAGGGUUUGGUACUUACAUCAUGGCCAUGGCUACACUGAGCCCCUGUCCUCUACUGGUCCACAGCGCCUCAGGAACCAUACUCAUAGUCAUAGCCUGGGUGUUGUUUGUCCUGACCCUCUCCUAUGUGAAGGUGAUCAUUGGGGUGAUCCUUCGGGAUGAGGGCCACAGCGCCCUCGUCUGGUGUGGAGCGGUAGUGCAGCUUGGUUCCAUGCUAGGUGCCCUGUCCAUGUUUCCCUUGGUCAGUGUCUAUGGACUCUUCAAAUCAGGGGACCCUUGUAACACCAAGUGCACAAAGUAGGGAUCAAGAUGUGGCUUACUGUUGAAAACUCACUGUAGAAAACAAAAAAUGUUUGACACUGGAAAUAUAUCUUUCAUCAUGCGAGUUUGCCUCUUUAAACUGAUUUCGAGGUAUCUCGGCUGUUGCGUAAGCAAUGUAAUAUCUCCCUAUGGUUGCGGAAGGAUCUCUUUGAAGCACAUCUUCAGAUUAGGAACUAAAUGGUACCAAACCGCUUGUGUUUGUUUACCGUUGAAUUAAGUUUCAAAACGUUUUGCCUCAGAUGUAGGGCCUUAAUUUGAUCACCCUGUUGCAAGACCGAUUUUUCUGCAAUGCAGGAACUUUAAAAGGUAUAGUGUAUUUGAGGUUUUAAAAGGCUUCUGAAGUUUGCAAUUUCCACUUUGACAUUUCAGACUUAAUUUUCCCUUGCGAAAAAUGUAUCAUCCCCUACAAAAAUGCCCAUUAAUUAUAAUCCACAUAAGAAGUCAAAUUGCCUGUUGCUGCAGGAUUAUUUUCCUGCUGUAGCAAACUGGCUCAAAUUAAGAUCCCGAAAUCUAUACAGUGUGCCCUAAUGAAUACGACUCAGUAUGCCUAUAUUGAGGUUAAACACCGUGGGAGGCCAACGUAUUGAUGUCUCAGACUAGACUUUUACUGUUACAAAGACCCCAAAGAUGAUACAAUGUUAUUGCUAAGCUUUUUACAAUUCUUCUUUAAAAGAAGAUGAAUGUCUUUUUUUAGCUUGAAGGGUAAUUAAGCAUAGUGUUAUAAAAGUGAUGAUUGGAAUAUUGUUACUGGGACAAAACAGUGUCUUCAUUUCUGAGUUUCUAGUACUGCAAAUGUCAACCAAAAGGUAAUUUAUGUUUAUUCUUUACCAGUCUAUAAUUUAUGGGGGUUUUUCAAAACCAAAGUUUGUGUUACAUUAUUUGUAUAUGACCUUACUGCAGUUAUAAUGUAAUGCACUGUAAUUAUGUAUGGCUCAUGUCAAUUAAAAUGUAUACUUAUAUACUUA